AUGUUCAGAAGGCAUAAACCGAGCACUCCAGAACACAAGAAGGACUUUGCUGUGCAUGGAGCCACACUGCCGGGGCCACAGAAUGACAGGAGGUCUUUUUUCAACUUGUCUCAGCUUGUACUCUCUGCUGGCCAGCUCAGAUCACCACCCAUACUCAGGCAUUCAAAAAUCACUUACUUUGAAGUGGAAAUCCUUGAUGCGCAAAGUAAGAGGCAGAUCUGUGUGGUGGAUAAGGUCCCUCCAUCAUCCACCCUCCUUGAUGUAAAACAUAAAUUUCACAAAGCAUGUCCCCAGUGGAACCCUUCCCGUAUUGGCCUGCGACUAGAACGCAAUGGGCCCUAUUUGAAGGAUUCCGUUAGCAUUCAAAGCUUGGCAGUUUCCUCCAUCAUUACGCUGUAUUUUACAGAUCUGGGUCAGCAGGUCAGUUGGACCACAGUUUUUCUGACUGAAUACAGUGGGCCUCUACUAAUCUACUUGCUCUUUUACAUUCGUCUCUCAAGUAUUUAUGUUGAAGAGGAGAGUACGGAGAGCUUCCGCCACCCAGUAGUUCACUUGGCCUGCUUCUGUCAUUGUUUACACUAUGCCAGACAUCUUCUAGAGACGUUAUUUGUUCACAAGAUUUCUGGAGGGCACACGCCUCUGAAAAACAUGAUAAAGGGCUGUGCCUUUUACUGGGGAUUCACUUCUUGGAUUGCUUAUUAUGUCAAUCACCCCCGAUACACUCCACCAUCAUUUGGCAACAGGCAAGUUAUUUUUGCUGCCCUCACUUUUCUGAUGUGUGAAGCUGGAAAUCAUUUUAUCAACGUCGCUUUAGUCCAACAAAAUCACUCAGGGAAUAAAGCCUCUUUUCCAAGUCCAACUUACAACCCCUUCACAUGGCUAUUCACAUUGGUUUCCUGUCCCAACUACACGUAUGAGAUUGGGUCUUGGAUUAGUUUUACGGUGAUGACACAAACGCUGCCUACAUUUUCAACUUUUCAUCCUAAUUUGAAACAGGAAAUAUUGUUAAAGUCUCAAAAAUUCUCCCAGGAUGGGAAAACCAUUUCCCACCCAUCUCUAGACAAUGAUGGGGUUGGAAUUUUUGCUUUCCUGAUGGCCAUCCAGAUGUCCCUCUGGGCCCAAAAGAAACACAGGCUCUACCUGAAGAAAUAUAAUAUGGGUGCGCUUAGGAAAACAGCCAUGAUUCCAUUCAUCUUCUAAGCUCUUAAACAGUGAAUAUGGGAUUCUACUGCUUGGAGAACUGAUUCUGGAAACAAAUGAACUCUUUCAUUUAGUAACCAAAGAAGACAGGCAAGAAUUGUUGGGUAUCAUUUUCAGACAAUUAACAUCAGAAGGGGGCGUUUUGAAUUAAGUGAACAGAAUCUGGCUUUGAACCCUCGGUUUGUGUUAGAAGAUAUGAUUGAAUUAGAUUUUGUGCAAUGGAGCUAAUCAGGAAGACAGGAAACUCUGUCCUGUGAAUGUUGGGCCAAAUCACCAGCUGGUGUCAAUGGGGGUUGCUCUGUUUCAAGCCCUUGGGGUGAUGCUGAUCUGCUCCCUGUGAGAUUAAGGUUCAAUAGCAAAUGCAGAUCAGAUUCUGAGCGUUUUGCAUUGCAGGAAAUGCCACAGCUUUAACUGUAUUCAAAGCAGAAUGUUCUGCAUAAAUCCCUCUAAGGUGUACCACCAAACAGUGUUGGUUUAUAGAGUAUUAAUUAGGGUAGCUUUGCAGUUUUGUUUUACUGAACCAAUUCCUGACAACUAGCAAGUUGUUUGAUGAUGCAAACUGGCUUAAACUCAGCACUGUGGAGAAGUCUGGUUUUUUUUUUCCCAGGAGGCAGCAUGGCCUCAGCGGAUCAAGUGAGUAUCAGGCGAAUGAAGUUCUAAUUCCAGUCUUAUGAACAUAAGCACUAGCACAAUGGGUCCAUCUAGCCCAGUAUUCUGUCUCCAACUGUGGCUGGUACCGGAGUGUCAGGGGGAGUGCUCAAAACAGGGCAAUUAUGGUGUGAUCCAUCCUUCUCUUCCCCUCCUGGCUUCUGGUAGUCCCAGGUUUAGGGUCACCCCAAGUAUGGCCCACCUUGCCAUGUAUGUGCUCUUGUGCCAUGAGGAAAUCACUUGAAUCCAGAUGAUGACACCAACUGACACUCAUGCUGAAUUAAUCACACCAGAAUUAAUGGAACUGUUUGUGCAGUAAGUUUCUACUCAGUGUGAGUAAUGGGAUCAGAAAUUGGUCUGUAACCUCUCAGUGCCUCAGACUUUCCAUCUCAGGCUAACAUUUAUCCUCUGUUUAUAAAGCACUUUGAGAUCGUGAGGUGUAACCUGUACCUAAAUACUAAUUAUUCCUGAAAGGGAGAGGAUCCCCACCAGAAUUCAGGGCCUAUCUUGGUUCAAACAUGCCAGGGCAGAUACUCAGCUGGUGCAAGUGGGCAACGCUUCAUGAAUCUCGUUUGGCAUCGCGUGCAUCUUGAGGUUGCUUUUGGAAAUCAAGCCCUGGUUUGAGUUGCUUAGUCAGUUCUUUCUUUGCUUUUCUUUUUUGAGUCUCAUUAUUCUUUUCAAAGGGACAGUCUUUUAUUCAAAUCCCUGGAAACUCUACGUAAAUUCAUUUGCAGGUCAAUGACUCCCUUAGUAUGGAGUAAGACAAUUUUUAGAGGCAAGGUAUGAUGGAAUUGUAGUAGCUUUGGAGAGCAAAGGGGCCAGAGUUGCCUCACGAAGCAUUAAUGCACGAAACCUCACUUCUUCAAUUCUUCAUUCUCUUUAUUUGGCACCUUAAUAGAUGCUUCUCACAUCCUCAUGGCAGGUUAAAAAGCCUGGCUGAAAACUUCAAUGCUGAGUGUAGAACCAAGCCACAGCAGCAAAGCAGGACAAGUUCAGGCUCUGAGAGAAACGACUCUCUUGCCUAGCAGCACUGUGCUCAAGUGCUCUAACAAAGUUAAUUUGCCCAAUAAAUUGGGUUCAUAUCCCUCUUCAAAUGUCUAAUCUACAGGCUUGCAGUGUUUAUCCUGUUAGCAAGACAAGCAACGAUUUAUGUGUGUUGACUGUAGCGUCUGUUAUAAAUAUUCAAGUGAAAUAGUAGCCAAGGCACAUUGUAAGUUUCAGCAAUUCUGGUAGACUGGUAGGUAGAGUGAAAUAUGUUGUUUCAAAAACUUGGACAGGAAGAAAACAACUGAGUUUGGUUAUAUGGCGAGGGUAAGAAAGAGAAGGAAAUAAGAAGGGUUGACUUGAAAAUUGUUUAAGGUAAUGAUGAAAGGGAAAGGCAUAUAUGAAUUUUUGCCUAUGACAACAUCUUUGGUGGACCCAUAAAUCCUGGGAGAUGCACAUAUCUUAGUCCUUUCAGUAAAACACAGCAGAUUAUACCGAAACAGAUUAGAAACGUGUGGUGACAUGGCACGUACCAAAUAAAUCCUGUGUAAGGAUGAUGUAUGUAAAGAAUAAUUGCAUUUAAUUUUGGUAAUGUAAAUACAUAAUUUCCCAUAUAUUUUUUUAAACCGGUGAGCUGUUAACAUCUGGCAUUUUUUUCAUUGCUGCCAAUAUAUACACCAGAAUCACUGUG